CCAGACUGAUAUCACCUUGACCAGACCCACGAUGUCGACUCAGAUGACCACCACCAUCUGCUUUAUCAGCCCACUCUCUCAUGCUGCUACCUCGACUCCGCCACCUUGUUUCCGCACGCAGGCUUCUUUCGACUGAUAUCAACCGUUCCAACAUGAAGGAAGUCGCCAUCUUCGCCUCUGGCUGCUUCUGGGGCACAGAACACAUCUUCCGCAAACACUACCCCCUCGAGCCCGCGCCCGGCAAAGGCAUCCUCUCAACGACCGUCGGGUACACAGGGGGCAACGACCACUUCCCGAACCCGCACUACCGACUGGUGUGCACGGGCGCGACGAAUCACGCGGAGGCGGUGAAGCUGGAGUACGACACGGACGUGGUCUCGUAUGCGGAGCUGGUCGAAUUCUUCUACCGCACGCACGAUCCUACUACGGUCGAUCGGCAGGGCGGGGAUAUGGGCACGCAGUACCGAUCUGCGAUCUUCACUACGACGCCGGACCAGCAGACGGUUGCACAGCGUGUCACGGAGGAGGUGCAAGCGAAGCAUUUCACGCCCAAGGGCUUGAAGAUUAUUACGCAGAUCGUGCCAGCCGGUCCGUGGUGGGACGCCGAGGACUACCACCAACUGUAUCUUUUCAAGAACCCGGGCGGGUACCAGUGUCCGACGCACCGCAUGCAUUGGUGAAAGAAUGCGCGCUUUGGCAUGUGCUCCUCAACUUGUCGCUGGCAUGGCAUACAAGACACCCAUCUCAGGCUCGAAAUGUGGCACCUGGAAGAAAAACGCCUGACGGUGUCCGGAGACUAGGAAUCGAGAUAUCACAGUACUUACAUUGAGUCGGUUUUAAGAUUUGUUUCCUAUCGAUAAUCACAUAACCUCACUGCGCCGACAGUCGCAUCUGUCUCUUCUUGCGGAUUAGGACCACCGAAUUUACCUCUAAAUCUCCUCCCGA